CUCCAACAGAAAAAGAGUCCCAAUGAUGGGCUUUUGUUUUGUCCCUCCAAUGGGCUUAGCAGGUCAUGGGACGUGGCGAAAGGGACGCGCUGAGGGACAAUUGAGGGCGGCUCAGUCAUGCUUGAAACAAGCAAUUUUUAGGGGUGGUCUGUGUCGGGCUGAGCCGCCGAGGACGAGGACCCUGGAAAAUAAGCGACCCAACCGAAUAUGGCCUAGAACUGCCCGCCAUCUCCAUUGCGCCUGAUCACGAACUGAGAGCAUAUCUUUUCAUUCUUUCCCUUUCCCCUCCCUUUCCAGGUUGUCGGUUGCUUCUGCUGUGCUACGAGCGCUGCUUUGCUGCUUGCUGCCAUCUCACCAUCCAAUGCCUAUCCGUGUCAAGUCGCGCCCGCAGGGUGUGCAGCGCACCGAGAGCCUGCGCACCCCUUCCCCGCGCCACAAGUUCGGCUUCGUCGCGGAGCUCCCCGACAUCAGUGAGGAGGACAGCUUCCGAGAUGUUGUCAAGAAGCUUUCCGUCUAUAUUGCCGACACCGUGGUUUUGCCCAGCACCUUCGAGCAGCUGAGGACCACUGCUGCCGGAGAUGGCCUUCGUGCGCUUGUUGACCAUCUCGGCCGAACAUGCACUCACCCCGCCAUUGUGAAUGCCCUCCUCGCCCUGAAGUGGCACUAUGGCACCAGCGUCGAGGAUAAGGGCUUGAUGGACGCCAGAGCCAACGCCUGCGAGAUUGUUGCUUGGCGCUUUCUGACCCACCUUUCCGAGAGGGAGGCUGUCGAUUAUUGUCUCUAUGAGAUCCCAGACCCCAAGGAUGUCGAGAGCCACAGCCCAACUGAUGAAGAGGAGGGCGAGGUUGACGAGCACAGUGCGCUUCUGGCCCAGGCCUUACACAGCAGUGUCGGUUCAUCCCGUAGGACACCCCAUAGCGCAAGCACCAAGCGCAACCUCUUGCUCAGUUCCAUCUCGCGCCUGACUAUGAGCAUGACGGGAGACGAUGAAGAUGGCGAGGGAGAGGAGGAGGAUCCAACCGCCAACUUCACCAACCUCAAUGCCUUGGAGAUUGCCGCUAUUGCCGACGCCAAGCGAUUCCUCAGCCAGGCUGUUGUCCAGAAGAUCAUCACCGGCAUCUGGGAAGGCUCCAUCAUCUUCUGGAAAGACCUCAGCGUGCACUCGGAGAAGAAGCCUCAGUUCUACAACCCCAACACGGCCGACCCAUUCUCCCGUCUCAGAGUCCCCAAGUAUCUCAAGUCUUUCGAAGUUUUAUUUUUCCUCACCUUUUUGGGCCUGUACUAUGGCGUUUUGGUCGAGCGGGAUCCCACCCGCAUCACGCCCCUGGAAAUCUUCUUGUACAUCUGGUUUGCCGCCUUUGCUUUGGACGAGCUGAGCGAGUGGAUUGAUGCCGGCUCCAUUUUCUAUGCUACCGACAUAUGGAACGUGUUUGACAUGGCCAUGAUAGCAAUCGGCGCCACCUUUGUCGGCUUGCGUAUUGUUGGCUUGGAAACUCACAACGAGGAAAUGGUGAACCUUUCCUUCAACGUCUUGGCGCUGGAAGCUCUCUUUAUGGUUCCAAGGGUCUUUUCUAUCCUGAGCUUGAGUCCAUACUGGGGUACCUUGAUUCCUUGCCUCAAAGAAAUGGGCAAAGAUUUCAUCAAAUUCAUGGUCCUCGUCGUAGUCAUCUACUGUGGCUUCCUAACCACCUUCUCCCUUCUCGGGCGCGAACACCUGUCGCUCCACGACAUGGUCAUGUCCCUGACCAAGAUCUUCUUUGGUUCCAGCUUCGUCGGCUUCGACCUGAUCCCCAAAAUGGACACCCUACUCGGCCCUCCCCUCAUGAUCAUCUUCAUCACCCUUAGUUCCAUCCUGCUCACCGGCUCCCUGACGGGUAUGCUCUCCAACAGCUUCUCCCGCGUCAUCACCCAUGCCCGAGAGGAAUACCUCUACGUCUACAGCGUCUACGUCCUCGAAGCUUCGACUAGCAAUCGGCUCACCCACUUUUAUCCUCCGUUCAACCUCCUCGCCGUCCUCAUCUUCCGCCCCCUUCGCCUCUUCCUCCCAUCCGACAACAAGUUCCGUGCCGCGCGCAUUCUCUUGCUCAAGGCAACUCACCUCCCCAUCGUUGCCGUCAUUGAAUUCUACGAGUGGCUUACAAUCGGCUCGUCAAAGGGGACGCAAUACAGCGGUUUCCGCGGUCCCAGACAGGCUGUGAUUGGGAGCCCUCAUCCGGCUGCUGCGAAGAGGUUUGCGCAGGCUAGGCUGUCGAAUAACAACUUGCGGGCUGAUAACAAUAAUCAUCUGUCGCAGUUGAGACCGCCAGCGAUUACGGCCAUUUCCGAGGGCGCAAUUGCCGGUCGGAGGGCGCAGCAGCAGGCGGCGGACGAGGCGGUGGAGGGGAGGGCGUUUGGGCAGCAUGAGGGGGAUGUGGAGGCGAGGAUUGUGGAUUUGACGGCCAAGAUUGACAGGUUGACGGAGCUGGUGCUCACGUUGCAGACGCAGUCGAGCACGACGUUGGGGAAUGUGGGUGUGGCUUAG